AACUGAACAGAAGAAGAAGCUCGCUGCUUGUCUGUGAUUGGUUAGAACAGUCACAUGAUAACGUGAAGUAUAAAAAAUAACAUAGAAGCGUCUGAACAGUGAGAGCAGCAGCAGCUUCAGGAAGAUUCUUUAAAACUCUACAACGAUGAGUGAAUCACUGGUGGUGUGUGACGUGGAUGAAGAGCUCAUCAAGAAGCUGAAGGCUUUCCGUUUCCGUAAAGAGACCAACAACGCCGCCAUCAUCAUGAAGAUCGAUAAAGAGCGACAGCUGGUGGUUCUCGAUGAGGAGCACGAGGACAUUUCUCCUGACGACCUGAAAGAAGAGCUGCCGGAGAGACAGCCCAGGUUCAUCGUCUACAGCUACAAGUACCAGCACGACGACGGCCGGGUGUCCUAUCCCCUCUGCUUCAUCUUCUCCAGUCCAGCAGGUUGCAAAAUGGAGCUGCAGAUGAUGUACGCAGGAAGUAGACAGGUCCUGGUGAAAGCUGCUCAGCUGUCAAAGGUGUUUGAGAUUCGAGCCACUGAGGACCUGACGGAGGACUGGCUCCGAGAGAGACUCGGUUUCUUCGGCUAAAUUCGCCCCCCCCCCUCGUGGGUCUGGGACGUGAGGAGGAUCCAGAUUGUGUCUCGUCUUUGGGAGAGCACGCCACCCUUAAUGUCCCCUCCUCUUUCUGCCCUGAUCCAUCAAACAGUCCCGUGCUCAGUUUUAGGCGUCUGCUGGUCGACCUCUGUAACUUCCUGUUCAGAACGUCUGUGCCUACCAAACCUCGCCCAUCCGCCCGCCUAAAACUGACCUCCGGUCUGCGCUCCAUGUGCCAGUAACGUGUCUUUGUUCCAUUAACACUCCGUAACUUUAACGGCCUUCCUCCGCAUCGCCAUUCAGGACGCGUACGACCACUGAGCGUGUAGAAAGAUGGACGACGAGUCUCCAAAGUGAAGCCAAAACGACCUAAUGGCCGCUGACAUGUCAGAGUCUGCGGCACGUUACUGAUGCCCCGCCCCUUCCUCUUAGGGUGCUAAUUAAACAUUCUUUUUAAGGUCAAAGGUCGCUCAGGUGGAGUCAGUCCAGAACAGACAAUCAUCGCUACAGGACUCCUGUGUUCGUUACGUUUCCUCUGAUAAUCUGAACAGCGACACAGGAGCCUCAUUGGUCGACAGAGCUGUCAAUCACUCCUUUAUAUAUCACGAAUCAAAACUAAACUUGUCACUCAGUGUAAUGAGAAAUAUAACGACAGAAACCGUAUGACUCAUGUCUCAUCUGGUAACAUGGAGGAGGCGGAGCUUAUGAGCUGUACUGCAGCCAAUCAGCAGGGGGAGCUCUGAAUGUUUUGGCUUCACUUUGAGGAUGUCAUGUCGUCCAUCUCUUUACAGUCUGUCGUAUCAACUCUUCCUCUCUCUUUUUUGUAGUUCUGAUAGUUUCUGCUGUUUGUAGUUUCAAUGUAAAUAAAUCUUUCCUGUCAGUCUGCUGCAGUCCAGAGACCAAACGAGCAUCAGUCUCUCCUCAAAGCUUUUGAAUUCUACGUUUGUUAAACUGCUGAAUCAAUCUCUCCAACACUACGACCAGCGCUGCAUUCACGUGGCGGUCUCUUCGUGGUUAUUACAACGAGUGAACACGAUAUUAAAAUGUAUUUCAUGUUUCAGAACUUCAGCAGGUCAAAGUUUAAAAUAACUUCUGGGUUCUGUCCCAGACAGAAACUCAUUCUUCUGAUUAUUCCGACAGCACGUGAAUGCAGCGUUCCACACGAACACGUGACGCGGUGCUGAAACAUUCCAGUUCAUUCGACCUGCAGACCUCCGUGAUGGUUUUUUAAACACAGGGCGCCGUUAGCGGCGUCGUGCUGAUUGUUGGAUCAUUUGGUGCAUUAACAGCUGUUUGUGAUGAUGAAUGUUUAAAGAGAAGAAACACGACACAGGAGAUUUUAAAACACUAACUUUGUUUGAACUUGAAGUCAAACAGACGCCAUUUCUGUCUUUUUCAAAUGUCGGUAAAUUAAAUUAAAGAAACAGAUUUUCUUGACGAGAUUCGUACGCACAAUCCCUUUCUGUCACGUCGUGUUUUGAUGUUGGACGUGAAUCAUUGUCGGGGACGCCGCGACGAGACGUACGAGUUAAUAAUACCCGAACCUACUGACCAUAAAGUUUAACGACCCUAAAAAAAACACCUUUAACACUAAAUACAAACAGGAAGUCUGACUGCCUUUCUAUUGAAUUCUUUGAGAUUGAAAUAUGUGAAUAAAAAAAAGAGCUGCACGUCUCUCGUCUAUUCCUCCUCUAACCGUCAUAUUCUGGUCCUGAUGGGUUCAGCUGGAUCUGUUGCAUCCUGUGGAUCUGAUCCAUGACCCUCCUGUUUUAUUUGAAUCCUCUUUAACGUGACGGUGUGUCUUUAACAACUUCUCAUUCCUUUGUAAGAAAAAGCAGCUGCCUCAGCGUCAGUGAAACUUGACAUAUUUGUAUUUUCUCGUACUUUAUAAAGUGUCUGUUGUCCUGUUGAACAAAUAAAAUGACGGUGAUGUUUAA